AUGUCAGCCCAGACUCUGCUGCCCAUCCUGCUUCUCUGUGCGCUGCUGCUGCAGGCCCAUGGAGGGUAUCACAAGAAGAGGAAGAUAGGUGUCAAGGUCUGUGAGAAGCGGCCCAGUACAAAUGUUUGCCACAACCACUGUUCGUUUUUCCAAAAGUGUACAAAUUCAAAUACCACAUGCUGUUCGACCUACUGUGGGAACGUUUGCAUGAGCAUCCUGUGA